UGUCCAAAUUUAUUAUUUGGAGAAAAUUGGAAGUCAUAUUCCGUCAAAUACUAUCACUUCUACUCUUACUCAAAUAUAGUUGGUGAUAAAUAAUUGUUAGAGUGAAAGGGCCGUAACCGAGUGUUAUUUGGGGUAAUCUAUGGAGUCUAUUUUUGUAUGUCCACGUGCUUUGUGUUUAUGUGAUAGAUAUUGAAAUUUUAAUUUGCAUUAAUUUAAAGGUAUUCUCGACUGACAUGUACUUAGUUACUUUCAGAGUUUUAGGUGAUAUAUUGAGAGAGAUAUUUAUAUUGGUGUGAUAUUGUAAUCCCUCAUUUGUAAGGAAGGAAGGUGGGUGGACUGCUGUGAUCGCUCCUUUCGUCCCCUGGAGGAGAAAUGCCACAGAUUUGUGAUACAACUGAAACUAACACGGAAGGAGAAAUGGAGAUUGUGCGGUAUGAAGACUUUGUGAAAGACACGGCGGAACCAAACAAAAAUGUGGGCAGUGAUGUUGAUGAAGGAGAGGAUGAGAACAGUGAUGAAGACAAUAAAGUGAAAAUGAACAUUGUGAAAGGCCGCAGAAAGUCUGGGAAGUUCUGGAAAGACGACAGGAAGAAGGCAUCUUCGAUGGUGAAGACGAGAGGACUGAAGUUGUCCCUGGAAAAGAAAAGGAAAUUGCGUGAGGAGUUGAAGCGGGCGAAGGAAAUAUCGCGACAGUUGGAACAGCGUCGCAAGCAGGAGAAGGAGGAUCACAGGAAGCGGCGUGAGGAGAAUUUGAGGCGGAGGGAAGAGAACCAGAAGAAAUCGGAGUUGGUACAGGUCAUCAAGAACUCUGCUAAGAUUAAGAGGAUGAAGAAGAAACAGCUACGCCGUAUUGAAAAGAGGGACACUUCAAACAUACAAAAGAAAUGAGCUUUUGUCUGUUUUGCAAGACGUCAGACACAGUCAUUGAAUUUGUAACCAUCAAAGUAAUAUAUUAUUUGGUGACACUGUAAUACAUACAAUAUUUAUACAAGUGCCUAUUACUGUGCAUUGAAGUUCCAUUGUGUCAAUGGGUUUCACUAUUAUUGUCUACAAUAAUGACUUGCAAUGUGCAAGAUAUAACUUGGAAUUAGGGAAUGUGUUUCUACAUUUCCUUUUGAAUGUUUUAUGAUUUUCUUUAGUUCUUAUUAAGUGUAAAAAAAUAAUUACACUGUAUAAAGUUGAGGUGUAUAUAUGACAGGUAUGUAAUAUUUUUAUAGGUAAUAUUUACAUUAAUAUACAUUAUGAAGUGCCGAAAUAAACUUUUGGCAUACGAGGUGUGGCAAUAAAAUAACCGAACUGGUGCUCCAAAACCUUUUGUUGAAGGUUUAUUGCCUUCAAUGUACUUUCCUUGCCGAUCCCUACAGUGCUCCACACAAAUUUUCCAUUGUUCAGAGCAGUGCUGGAAGUCCGCUUCUGUCAGCCUGUUGAGAACCUUCGUCGCUUUUGCUUUCACUACUUCCACACUGUGAAAUAUUGUCCCCUUAAGCACCAAUUAGACCAUAAAAAAUUAAAAAAAUGACAGGGGGGAGAGGUUGGGCGAGUACGGAGGAUGAUCCAACAUACUUUGAUGUCGUAUUUUUGUAAAGAAUUCCUUCACAGACAAAGUGUAAUGGGCUGGCACAUUUUUUUUGUAAAGCAUUCAGGACUUGAUUUUCCACAAAUCGUCUUCUCACUUGUUGUUGAAGGACUGUUAGAAUCUCAAUGUAAUAAUGUUGAUUGACAGUUUGAUAUUCUGGGACAUAGUGAACAUAGACAAUUCCUCGCUUGUCAAAAAUACAUCAUGGCUUUGGAUUUUUAUUUGCUAAUUUUUUUUGCAGUGUUGAGUUUGGGCUCUUCCAAUGCAUCAAUUGGUGCUUUGUUUCAGGAUAAUAGGUAAAAAAUCAUGAUUUAUCACAAGUAAUCACUCUGUCUAACAAUUGUUGAUCAUUAUCAAUGUUGUUUAAAUGUUCAGCACAAACAUGCAUUCUCGAUUCCUUUUGCUUUAGAGUGAGAAGUUUUAGCAUCAUUUUUGUGCAAAGUGUGCAUGUUGAAUGAUUAAUGUAAAAUCUGACACACACUUAAUUUGUUUUGAGAUUUCAGCAAGAAGCUCUGACAACAAUUUUUGUGUAUUAAUUUACUAAUUUUCUAGAUGUCCGUUUUUGAUGUUGAGUGUCAUCCAGAACUCAGAUUGUCUUCAUUCAUUUCAUGUCCUUCCUUCAACCUUUUAAACCAUUUAAACACUUGUGUAUGCAAUAACAAUUCACUUCCAUACAUUUCUUUAACAACGGCAUGAUCUUCUGUAACUGUUUCCACAGUUUCACAAGAAACUUGAACUCUCUACUCCAUAUGAACACUUCACAUUUUUCUGACGAGAAGCUAGCGCAAGGACUUGAACGGACAAUUGCUACAGCGAGACUGAGUGGCUACAACCGUGCCCAUUUAGCUCAGGGUGGGGGAAGCAUUAACAGGCACAGAUUUGUUCAAACCUGUUAUGGCAAGCUCACUGUUUGCAGUUACAGUUCGGUUAUUUAAUUGCCACAUGGUGUGUAUCUCAUGAUGAAAUAAAAAAAAAACUUAUUGUUUUCAUUAGAAAUAAACUAGAACUAAAAAAAAAUUAUUGAAAAAAAAAUUAUAAAUUUACCACAAUAUUUUUUGUCUUUUGGUAGUUUUGGAUAAUAUAUUGUAUAAUAUUUAUGUGCAACCUUAAAAAGUUUACAAAAAGUGCUAAACUUAAAUGUAAUUGUAAAAAAAAAAUACUUUUAAAUUUAAAA